AAGGCAGAGUGUCGUGCAGCCGCGGUGCGAGCGGGUGUAAGCGGGACAGCUACUUGCUAGUGGCUCGCUCGGCUGGGCGCGGGCGUGCGCCGCGGGCCGCGGGUCGGCGGGCAGCGAGAGCGGGCGUAUUAGUGGCGUGGAGCGCGGAGCUUGCGCGGGCGCGCGAUCCGGUAAAUGUUAUCUGUGCGGGAUGUGCGCGGCCACGCUGCUGCUGCUGGCGGCGCUGCCGGCGCUCACAGGCCAGGGCGGAUGGUGCGCGGAGGGCGAGGUGGUGGCGCUGGAGGGCGGCGGGCCGGCCUUCGCCCCGCAGCAGCGCACGGCGGUGCUGGCGCCGGCCGGCCACGCCGCCACGCUGGACUGCCGCGUGCUGCGCCUGCGUGACAAGUCGGUGUCGUGGGUGCGGUCGCGGGACCUGCAGAUCCUGUCGCACGCGGGCAUUGUGUUCACGGCGGACGCGCGCGUGUCGGCGGCCGCGGCCGGCGCGCGCCACUCGCUGCGCAUCGAGCGCCUGCGCACCAGUGACGCGGGCCGCUACGAGUGCCAGGUCAACACGGAGCCCAAGAUGAGCCUCUUCUUCAAUCUUACUGUAGUGGACGAGCCGGUGCCGGAGGUGGUGGUGUCGGUGCUGGGCGCGGGCAGCGUGCGCGCGCCCGCGGGCGGCGCCGCCACGCUCGCCUGCCAGGCGCGGUACGAGCCGCCGCCGCAGCAGCUGCCGCUGCCAGACCUUGACAUUCGUUGGCAAAAGGGAAAUCUGCCCAUCAGCCUACAGGGCGGGCGCGGCGUGGCGCUGGACACGGCGCGGUGGGCGGCGCGCGUGGAGUCGCGGCUGACGCUGGCGGCGCUGCGCGCGGCGGACGCGGGGCAGUACUCGUGCAGCGCCGCGGGCCGCGCCGCCUCGCUCACGCUGCACGUCGAUGGCCUCGGCGAUGACGAUCGAGCUGAGGCAAUGCAGCGGGACCAGGAGGCAGCACGGGGCGGGGGCGCAGGGGGCGGGGGCGCAUUUGGGGGCGCGCGGUGCGGCGCACUGCUUGUGAUACUAUUGCUGCUGCGCUGA